UCACAGUCCACCAAAGCGUGAAGCGCUUACUCAUUCUGUGUGUGUAUUAUUCGGGGUGACACAGACGUUCUCUUUGAUUUGACGGAAUUUUAAUUAUAUAAAAAGCAGAAACAACAAAACACUGUAAAGACGGGAUAUCUGGUAAAGGCUUCACUGGCCCACCCCCUUUCCUCGACGGAUCCUUGACGGAUCCUUGUGGGUCCUUGAAUAAAAGAAUAAAUGCCAUUUAUAUUAUGUCUUCCUGCACACAAGCGUCGGAGUAAACGCAAUAAUUCGAGCAGAGCUUGGGUGGCAAGAUGAUGAGUGAAGUGAGUGGCCUGCUAUGAUCUCUGUCGACAAAACGAGCAAAAGAUUAAAGAGCAUUUCUAUUAAUGCAACGAAUUAUAGCUCCACUAAUGACUAUCAACAACCGCAACGACAGUCUCCCUACACACAAGCGUCGGAGUAAACGCGUAAUUUGGGAGCCGAGCUUGCGUGAAAAGGAUGUCUAUCUGUAAAACCUAUUGCGAGUUUGGAGAGAGCCUCAUUAAAGGAGUAUCAAAAGAUGAUGGCAUGCCAAGAUGUAUCAUGUUCACCUACCCACCAGCAAUUUUAUUGGCAUUGAUCUUGAUUUUGUUAUUGGCCCAACUGUACAAGAAACAAAGGAAUUAUAAAAAUGUCUACUCACGGUUCAAUUCUGGUGAAGAUUACGAGAAAGGGGAUUCCAUUAACCAAGCAGCAAAUAAUGGAAACUUUCUGAACACUGCUGUUUCAAAUCCAGCAAAAUUUGUCCAUGGAGAAGGCCAGAAAUCAUUUUUCUUUACUUAUCAACAAUUUCUGCAUCUUUGUCUGCUGCUUGUUCCAGUAAUUGACAUCAUUACUAAAGCAUCAUUGGAAAAGACACGCAUCCAAGGUGUUGCUGUGUUUUAUACCAUUUCCAGUUUUUUCACCUGGACGGUUGCAUUGGUGGUAGUUCGGGCAGAAAGUUUAAAAUUCUAUAAGCUUAGGGUGACUACACACUCUGUAGGACUGCUUCUUUUUUGGACAUUGGCAUUUAUAAACGAAAAUCUUUCUUUCAUUUCCUGGCAUAACAAAAACUGGUGGUUUAUUGAGCGCAAUUCUUCCACUAAGAAAGCAGAGUUUGGCUUGUUUCUUGCUAGGUAUAUAGCUGUUGCACAGUUGUUUUUGCUAGGGUUAAAGGCACCAGGACUCUACAAACAAGAACCGCUCCCAGUUACUGUAAAUGAAGAGGAUGGGACAUUUGAAGGCUCCAGUGUGGUCAGAGAUCGACGUGGACAGUCACCUUUCAAAGAUUUCUGGAGAAAGACCAUGAUACUCUGGCCAUUCAUGUGGCCAAAAGAUAGAUUCUUGCAGCUCAAAGUGGUUAUUUGCUUCAUCUUGCUGGCAAUGGGGCGUGCUGUCAAUGUUCUUGUGCCCUACACAUACAAACUCAUUGUGAACAGACUGACCGGGGAUAAUAAUCAGGUCAUCACUGACCCAUUGAAGCUCAUUGCUCUCUAUGUAUUCCUGCGGUUCUUGAGUGGAGGAGGAACUGGUGGAAUGGGCCUAUUAAACAACAUCCGUUCAUUCCUGUGGAUAACCAUUCAGCAGUUCACAAGCCGCACUUUACAGGUCAAACUGUUUGAGCAUUUGCACAGCCUGUCUUUGAGGUGGCACAUCACUCGCAAAACAGGAGAAGUGGUAACCAUGGUUAAUCGAGGUGCUACAAGUAUAUACAAUCUGCUCAGCUACAUCCUGUUUAGUGUUGUGCCAACAAUCGUGGAUAUCGUCAUUGCUAUUGUGUACUUCAUUGCUGCUUUCAAUGGCUGGUUUGGGCUGAUUGUCUUUUUGACAAUGGCACUUUACCUAAUUGUGACCAUUGUUUUGACUGAAUGGAGAACAAGUUUCCGCCGCUCCAUGAAUGUGAAAGAUAAUGAUGCCAAAGCCAAAGCAGUUGAUUCUCUUCUGAAUUUUGAGACAGUGAAGUAUUAUUCAGGAGAGGCCUUUGAGGUCAACAGACUAAAUCAGCUUAUCCUUGGCUACCAGGAUUCAGAGUGGCAGGUUCUAGGCUCACUAGCUGUACUCAACACUGUCCAGAAUGUCAUUAUAACGUCUGGCCUGCUUGCUGGCGCUAUGUAUUGUGGCUACUUGGUGCAGAAUGGUACUCUUGGGGUUGGAGAUUUUGUUCUCUAUGUUACAUACAUUGUACAGUUGUAUGUGCCCCUCAAUUUCUUUGGAACCUACUACCGAAUGAUACAGCAAAGUUUCAUUGACAUGGAAAAUAUGUUUGACCUGUUUGGCCAGAAGAGAGAGGUGGUUGAUGUCCCUAAUGCUCCUGCUCUGACCGUCACCAAUGGACUGAUUGAGUUCCGGAAUGUUUCCUUUUCAUAUGAUCAAAGAAAGCCUGUGCUGAAGAACAUCUCAUUCACCGUGUUCCCAGGGCAGACCCUAGCACUGGUUGGUAACUCAGGUGGCGGCAAAAGUACAAUCAUACGUCUGCUGUACAGAUUUUAUGAUGUGGGCAGCGGUUGUAUUAGCAUUGAUGGUCAGGAUAUUUCUAAGGUUACAUCGAAGUCUCUUCGUCAGGUGAUAGGUGUCGUUCCCCAAGACACUGUCCUGUUUAAUAACGAUAUCAGGUUUAACGUGCGUUACGGGCGCCUGGAAGCUGACGACGCAGCCGUGGAGGAGGCCGCUCAAGCCGCAGACAUCCACAAUCGGAUUCUCACCUUCCCUGAAGGAUAUAGCAGUCUUGUUGGGGAGCGUGGUUUGAAACUGAGUGGUGGAGAAAAACAAAGAGUUGCGAUUGCAAGAACGGUACUCAAGAACCCCCCUGUAGUACUGCUAGACGAGGCAACGUCGGCGCUCGAUACCGAGACCGAGAGAAAUAUUCAAGCGUCCCUGAAUAACAUGUGCAUUAAUCGAACUACCAUCGUAGUCGCCCACAGGCUGUCAACUAUCGUAAACGCUGAUCAAAUCCUGGUUCUACACGAGGGAGAGAUCUUGGAGAAGGGAACGCACGAUGAGCUCCUCGCUGCCGGAGGUGUGUACGCAAACAUGUGGCAGCAACAAAUCCAGUCAGACGAGGAGGGAAAAGAUAAGCAGGAAAUUGAGGCGCAAGGCAGUACAGAGAAGGACAAAGAGGCGUAGCCAAGCGUAGGUAGUAGUGCUUAUCUUUUGUGCAGUUUUCUCGUCAUGUGACUUCACGCCGUUGUUGGUUGCUGUAGAAAGUAGCAGUCGAUACGUGAACAAUAGUAACCCAAGUAGUUUUUAGUGCUUUUAGUGUGAAAUUUGUUGGCUGAGACAGCUUAGCACUGGAAGUUUCAAAUGCGUGUGUACCUUGAUACAAGUGUUUAAUAAAGCUAGGCCCUAUAUAUAGCCCGGACCUUUAUACAAAAGCUAGGACCUGUAUAUAGCCCGGACCUUUAUACAAAAGCUAGGCCCUAUAUAUAGCCCGGACCUUUAUACAAAAGCUAGGUCCUGUAUGUAGACCUUUCAAAUAAGGUUACACUUAAUAAGAAUCAAUGUGUCGUAACCCGAAAUGCUUCAUGGAUAUAAAAACAAAACAUGAGAAAAAAAAACGUGAAUAGAAAUCUAGGUUUUCAAAGCUGUAUUUAUUCUUGCUUUUAUCCCUGUACACAUUGGCUUUCAGGGACCAGUAUUCUACUAUUCAGCGUGCUAUGACAAAUGGAUUCUUGAGUGCAAUGUUGUUUGAAAUAGGUGUAUACGCAGCAAGGCUGGCUGCUGUUAGAACUUAUGGCUAAUAUUGUAAGACUAGGUAAACGUGUUAUAGGUAGGCACGUGUUUUAAUGUUUAUUUCUGGGAUACCUGUGGGAGACUCCUUCAAGGCCAAAAUUUGACGUCCUUUAGACACUCAGGAAUAAGGUUAGGGUAAUUACAUUAAUUUCUUAUGUGUAUUUUGGUGGGAAAAACGGGUGAUAUUGUCUACCAGAGAAUGCUAGAGUUCUCGUGAUGAGACCCAAAAUAUAUUGUGGCAAAUAAUAUGCGGGUUUAUUGGAAUAAUGAAUGAAACAAUGAUAUGUAUUUACUUAUUACAAUACUUACUGCUACUAAAUUAAAAGUAGAGAGUUUG